UUCACACUGCGAUGAUGGUGAUGAUGAUGCCUGUAAUCUCCCACAGCAACAACAAACAAUUCCCUCCUCUCUCUCUCUCUCUCUCUCUCUCUUCACAGGCUUUUGGCCUCUGUUCUCUUUUUUACUCUCUUCAAAGAACCAUGGUGAAUCUCUUCUUGUUCUCACCCCUACCUAUAUUUUCAAGCAAUUGUAGUGACAGACCAUGAGAGACUGAGGCAGUGAGAGGAUAUGGAGAAGAAGUGUGGGUGCUGGGCAGUUCUGAAGCGCAGUGUUAAAGGUGCCUGUAAAUCCUCUGAUUCCAAAAACUCUGUUACUACCAUCCCUCGAACUAGUCUUGUCCAUGAUGCAGUUACUGAGACACGAUACCUCAAUGCCAGCAACAGGGAGAUGUGUGCUCCAGAUGAACCUCAAGAUUCUUCUGAUAAUCCCAAUCCUGUUCCACCGCCAUCAGAUAGUAAUGCACCACGCCAGCUGCUUCAGUUUUCCUUUCAGGAGCUUAAAGCAGCAACCGGAAAUUUCAGACCAGAUAGCAUUCUUGGGGAGGGUGGAUUUGGGUAUGUCUUCAAAGGUUGGAUAGAGGAGAAUGGCACAGCACCAGCUAAACCGGGGUCAGGUACUACCGUUGCAGUCAAGAGUUUGAAGCCAGACGGUCUUCAAGGCCAUAGAGAAUGGGUGGCAGAGGUAGACUUCCUUGGACAGCUUCAUCAUCCUAAUCUUGUUAAGCUAAUUGGAUAUUGCAUUGAGGAUGAUCAAAGGCUGCUCGUUUAUGAAUUUAUGACCCGUGGAAGCCUUGAAAACCAUCUUUUCAGAAGAACGAUACCCCUUCCAUGGUGCAACAGGAUUAAAAUUGCUCUUGGUGCAGCUAGAGGCUUGGCCUUUCUCCAUGGAGGCUCUGAACCUGUCAUUUACCGAGAUUUCAAGACGUCAAAUAUUUUGCUUGAUUCAGAAUAUAAUGCAAAACUUUCAGACUUUGGUCUGGCAAAAGCUGGGCCCCGAGGAGACAAUACACAUGUUUCUACCAGGGUUGUUGGAACAUAUGGUUAUGCCGCUCCAGAAUAUGUUAUGACAGGACACUUGAGUUCAAAGAGUGAUGUUUAUAGCUUUGGCGUUGUGCUCUUAGAGAUCUUAACUGGUAGGAGGUCAAUGGACAAAAAACGCCCAAGUGGAGAACAAAAUCUUGUAGUAUGGGCUCGGCCAUACUUAGCUGACAAGCGGAAGGUUUAUCAACUAGUUGAUCCCCGUUUGGAACUGAAUUACUCCCUUAAAGGAGUGCAAAAAGUCUCUCAGCUAGCUUACAACUGCCUUAGCAGGGACCCCAAAUCCCGUCCUUCAAUGGAUGAAAUUGUGAAGGUUCUCACUCCAUUGCAAGAUCUCAAUGACCUUGCCAUAACAUCUUACCACGCUCGUUCAUCCCAACAAGCGAAGCGCAAGAAGAAAUCAGAUGGAAUGCACCAACUUAGCUACAAUCAAUCCAGGAGUAUCAGAGACUCCCCACUGAAUUCUGGUAAACAGCGUUGUAAAUAAAGGGUACUCAAUUCCUUUACUUCAAGAGGCUCAACUUUCAACAGGAAACAAAGGAUCAGAUGCAGCCUCUAAAGAAGUGAGUUGUGUGAAGACAAUAUUUCAAGUUUGUCAUAUAAUUUUUGGGUGUUUAGAAUUUGACAAAGCCAUCAGCACAAAAGGUACAUCAUUUUCCUUCAUUCAAAUCCAUAUAUUUAGCAUUGAUAUCUAACUGAUGAUGUGGAAUGUUUUGUUAAUUGGAUUUGACUGUCAUCUGAUUGGCAUAUAUCAUUGUAAUUAAGAUAAGCCUCGUAUUUCCAAGAUUGUUAUUUGCAGAUUCCCAAG